AUGAAAGCUAUCAUUGGUGCCGAAUCAGGGGGUUACCGCCUAGCUGACGAUGUCGACGUCCCCAAUCCACCCCCAGGCUCGAUGCUAGUCCGCGUACACGCGGUCGCUCUGAACCCACGCGACGCGAAGAUAGUCGACUUCAAUAAAUCCCCUGGCUCCUUAGGCGGCUGCGACUUCGCUGGCACCGUCGCCAAGGUGGGCGAGGGCGUCACGCGGUUCGAAGAAGGAGACCGUGUACUGGCCGUUACCUUCGGCUCGGAUCCCUUCGACAAGACUCAAGGCGCUUUUGCCGAGUUCGCUCUAGCCGAAGAAGACAUCAGCUGCCACAUCCCGGACGCCUUUUCUUUCGAACAGGCAUGCGCGAUGGGCCUCUCGUUGGCGACAGCCGGUUUAGCUCUGUUCGAAGCACCUGGGCUUCAGUUGGAUAUGCGAGGGGGGGCCGGAGAGCCCGUGCUUAUCUCGGGAGGUGCUACGGCUACAGGCACUAUGGCAACGCAGUUGUUGAAGAUGGCUGGGUAUACACCCAUCGUCACCUGCUCGCCAGACAACAACGCCCUAUGCGAGUCAUACGGUGCCACAGCAUGCUUCGACUAUCACUCGCCAGUUUGUGGCGCCGAUAUCCGCGUGCACACAGAUAACAACCUGAAAUACGUCCUCGACUGCGUUACUGAUGCCGCCACCAUGAAGAUGUGCUACGAGGCGAUCGGAGCUUCAUCGGGUGGCAGCUACAUCGCGCUCGAGACUCUUGCUACCGCUGUCAAGUAUACCAGAAGGGACAUACGGGCCGAUUGGUUCCUGGCCGACUGCAUCAUGGGUGAUGGGGUUCACAUGACGGGAACAUAUGGACGGCCUCCCUCGCCCGAGCACCGGCUGUUUGGCAAGCAACUGUUUGCAGUGGCUGAGAAGUGGCUACUGGAAGGGAGCGUUCGGAACCACCCUUUAGAUGUACGGGAGGGUGGUCUAGAGGCUAUACCGACGCUCGCGGAUGAUUUGAAACUUGGAAAAGUGCGUGGUAGGAAAGUUGUUGUGCCUUUGCUAGCGUAG